GAUUGUCUCUUCCAAGAAAAUUUCUACCCAUAUGGGCCCAGCAAUGGAGACACAGUGAACCCAAGUGUGGAUGACGGAAGUUCCUCUGCGAUCCCCUUAAUUAACACGUUUCCAUACUUUGGAAACGCAUACAACCAACUUUAUGUAAAGAACAUGGGAUUACUGACAUUUGACCAAUCAGUGAGCAGUUCUUACCCUUACCUGUACACUAGCUAUGUUGCCAUUGCUCCUUUAUGGAGUUACUGGAACAACGCAAAAAGUGGCGUCAUCUCUUACCGUCAAGUGACCAGUGGCAGUGAUCUCCAACGGGCCACCAGUGACAUAAACCAGUACUUUCCUCAGCUGAACUUCGUUGCUACCUGGGUCUUCAUUGCCACAUGGGACAGUGUGGCCUUCAACAACAUGGACACGGAAACCUCCUUCCAGGUGGUUCUGAUCUCAAACGGAGGUCAGUCCUUUGUACUGUUCAACUACGGUCGGAUCUCAGAUCUACUUUCAAAUACACAGGUUCAGGCUGGCUAUAGCUCAGGAGAUUCAGCACAUUACUACAAUAUAUUGUGGUCUACUUCAGUCACAGGGUUGACUUUGAGCAAAAAUGUCAAUGUCAGUGGUCGCUGGGUGUUUCAAACAUCUUUCAGCUGUGUCAAAGCAUAUAAGGUGUUCUUGAGGGUUCAUGUGACUAGCAAAGGUCUACAGCUGAAUCCCAAAGAUCCUCAGCUGAUACAGACGAUGAUUGAGAAUCUGCUGAGCGGUGUUUCACUGGGAGACACUUGUUCUUCAUAACAACUCAACAUGCAAAGGUCAGCAUGGAUUCACAAAUCUGACAGUGGAAAGUGCAACAAACAGAUCAACAGCUAUGGAAGCUGGAGUCAUUACAGCAGGAUCAGAGUCCCUUUGAUACAACCAAACAAGAAACAAUAGAAAGCAAUAGUGUGGGAAAAGAUAAGAGGGCAAAGCAAUACAGAAGUGCAAAAUAAAUACAACAGUGCAACACAACACAAUAAAAUAUUGCAAAUCACAGUACCGGAACAUAUAAUAUAGGGGAUGAAUAUUUACAUAUUCAACUAUAAAGUAAUAUUGUUGAGUCUGCAAAUAUAGUUCUAAUUGCUGACUGUAACCUGUAACUCUUCUGUAAAAAGCAUUAUUAACAUUAUUCUGGUCUCUCAAUGGGAAUAUUUUGGUUAAAACUGCAGAUUGCACAUUUAUCAGGGUUGGGUUCGACUCUUGCAAAAGUAC